CAGAAAAUUUCCUAACCCUUCCGUCCCCUAAAGACCAUCAUGGCAAUGCUCAAGAACUUGUUUGCUCUCAUGACCUUGCUAGUCGUCACGAUUGCAUUGCUUCCUAGAGCUACCUUCGCCGGAAACCCUGAUUGUGCAAAGGGAAUGACUUAUGAUUGUGGGUCUGCGUUCUUUCAAAUCAUAGUCCUUGCCGACACCUUUGAACCCACCAAUGAAUGUUGUCGCGAGCUCGUGAAGGCGGGGAAGAACUGCCAUAACCAAUUCGUGGAGUUGAUCCUCUCGACCCACAAGUCGAUCAGGGGGACAGUAUCCGAUGUCCGCAGGAGGAGCAAUGAGACGUGGAACAACUGUGUUGCCGGUGUAUCACCUCCCGAGCCCGCUCAUUGAGAGCUAUUCCUAUUUUAUAGUACACUCAACAUGUAAACUAAAAAAGACAAAAGAAUUAUGAUUUUUCUAUUUGAUUCUCCUCAAAGAAUUUUCCUA